AUGGACCACGGCGAUGAGACAAAUGAGUUGCAGUUUCAGUUUGAAAUACUACAGAAACAACAGGAGAAAAAAAAGCUGGAUAGGAAAAAAGCAAAAGAAGCACAUAAGCUUAAUGUCAAUGUUACACAGGAUGAUUCGGAUCAGUUGAAGGAAGACAGUCCGGCAGACAACCUGCCGGCAAACGACAGACUUGUGCAGAAUGACAGUCAGAAUUUGCUUGAGCAGCUGAGAGAGCUACAAGAUGUAAAUGGUCGUCUCUUCAAACUUCUCGAAGAAAAGGAUUUUGAAAUGAAAUACCUGAAGAAGAAAAGAGAAGAGGAACGCCUGGCUUUAGCAUGCACAUCAGACUUGGCUGGAGACACAGCAGCCACCAAGAUUAUUGAGCUGUCCAAGAAGAACCGAGGGCUGAGUGCUGAGGUCGAGCAAGAAAAGAUAAAGUCAAAGCAAAACAGCAACAAAAUCAAAGAGCUUGAGAAAGAGCUGCGGUCUGCGUUGGUGCACGUUCCCCCUGGCCAAACAACUAAAUCCCAGUUUUUUGGUGACUGUGAGGUAAUUAUUGAAGGAAAUCCAGCAGUGAAAUCUCUGCAGGAAAAAUUAGCUGCAUCCCAGCUGAAAGUGGCUGAAUACCGAAACCAGAUUCAAGCCGUCAAACAGGAGUUAAAAGUUGCUCAAAAGGUUUUAAUCAGUGAGGUUGGAGAGCAAGUCAACUUUCAGCAAUUACUGAGCUCCCCGAGCAGCUUUAGAGGUCGCGCUCAACAGGUUCUGGCUCUUCAGAUGAGGGUGCGGGACCUCGAGCAGCAGCUGAAGCGGUCGACUCGGCAGCAACAGCCAAGUGUCCAGACAGAGGAAAGGUGUCUGGGCACAGGGGUCCCUCUAAAAACCAGUCCUCAGCAGAGGAACCUCAGCUACAUCCGCAAAAUCGAGAAUGAGAAGCAGAAGGAGUUUGAGAGGAUCUUGGUGGAACAUGAGGACCUCCAGAAAGAAAACGCAGAUUUGAAGAAAAUGCUGGAAGCCUCAAAAGCCAGGAAUAAAAUUCUGUCUGCUGAAAUGAAAACUCUGAAGGACCAAGUUUCCACCCUGCUGAUGAAGGGUAAACAUGAUGAUGAGCUGGUGGAUUCUUUGCUGAAGACGCAGGCCCAGAUGCAGGAGGUGCUCAGCAAACAGCAGAGCGAUCAGCUCCAGCAGAACGAUGAGCUCCAGCAGAACGAUCAGCUCCAGCAGAGCCAGCAGAGCCAGCAGAACAGUGAACUUGCGGUGCAGAACGCUCACCUGAAGAAUCUUCAAAAGGUUGCUGCUGAGGAAGAAGCGAUCCAAAAAUUACGACAAAUCCAAGUGCUUCCCCUUGAGGAAGAGAGCAAGGAAGCUGCAAUCCAGCCUCCAGACAAUUUGCCCUUCAAGCUUCUGCCCUGA